GUCAAUGAAGUGUUUUAUUACGUAGUCAUUUGUGAAAGCAGAAAAAUAUAAAGAUUUAACAAAAUGUUAGGUUUCAUUUAAUAUAAACUGCUUUAUUAAUACUCAAACCUGGUUUAUGUUCGAUAUCACUGAGAUAAUUUUGCUGAUUACUUAGGUUUAACAAGGUGCUUUAAGUAUAUUGAUUUAUUGUGCGGUUUGUUAGUGAAAAUGGGAUCAUAAAAAACCUAAAAAAUGGCGCGGUGGCUCGGUAGAUCAGUUGACAGCAGUUUCAAAAGUUUCAUGUAGUUUUUAAUUGUUUUUAAUCUAAUUAAAUAUUAACAGAUCUGUUUGAUCAUCAAAAUGGAUUGGAUUCACUGCAAUAAAUGUUUCUCUCAACUAGAACCGGGAAUAUCAUUACAUUUAACAUCAUGUGGUCAUAUGUUUUGCAAUAAGUGCCUGGACAAUGUAACAAAAGGAAAAGAGAAUGCGACAUGUUUAGUAUGCCGUUUGCCAUGUUCUAUUAUGAAAUUAGUACCGGACAUGAAACCCGAAGUCCAAGAUUAUUUCACUGAGCCUGAAGAGUUUAUAAAGAAAUGUAGUGAAGUCUUACAAUUCCAGAGACAGCAUAGAAGACGUCUUUUAUCUUAUCUUUUACAGUCCACCAAAAAGUUCUACUUGGCCCGCACAGAACUAAAGCGCAUGACAGAAAUCUGCCAAAAACAGCACCAACAACUGAAAGAGUGCCAGAAAACUAUCAAGAACUUGGAGACGCAACUCGCCAGCGCCAACAAGAAGCAGUCUCCAUUCAGCAUCCCGAUCUCCCCGGGCACUAAUCUGUCGCCGGCGUUCAUACAGGCCCAGGCUUGCAAGCGUCCCGCUAAGAGCACGCCGUAUUCUGCUUAUCAGUCUAACCUGGUGACCCCCUCGCGGAUAAGCAAGCAGCGGUCGGCCUGCUACAGCGCUACCAGUCAGAAAUCAAACGCAUCGAACAAGAUAACCUCAACGGUGUACACUCCGCCCACCCCCGAGUCGGCAGGGGUAUUAUAUAACUUAAGUCCGGAGUCUGGAUAUUCGACGAAUUCGCCAUACCAGUUGUCACCGGGCGCCCUAUACUGCAGCGGAAGGGGAAAAAACUGUUCAUUCAAAAAUGGAAUGAAGAUUAUGAAAUAGAUAAUUACGUAAUUUGAUUAGAGUAGGUAUAUACGCAUGGUAUUUCUUCUAAAGAGGGUAUCUCACAUACGAUCGCUUAGGGUAGCUUAAGACAGAAUUUAGACUUCACGGAAAAUCGAUUUUGCGCACACAAUAUAAAUAUACCUACCUACACUUGGAGUCGUUCACCGCUUGUUUUUGAUGUGAGCCUAAUUGCACGUGCUCUACUAGAAAAAUGGCGUCAUGAAGUAGUUUUGUCUUAGCGAUCUCUGUCUAUCAACUUUGCGUGUGCAAAAAUAAUAGUAUUAGUUUGCUAAGCCAGUAUGAGCCAAUGAAUAACGUAUUACUAAUAGUCUCUUUAAUUCCACUUAAAUAAAAUAUUAUUGACUUUCAACGUCAUUUGACUCAUUCCACUUAAAUACUAAUGAUAUUAUAUACCUAUUUAACGAGUCUGAUAUCUUCGAUCUCAUAGUAUUGUGUAGCUAUUAUUUACUAUUAUAAAUAGACUUAGAUUUAAGUGUGUUCUCAAUUAUUCAACAUGAUUCAGUCGUUGUUUUAUAAAUAAUUUGCAUGAUAUCCAUUAAAAUAUAUUUGAAUAAAACCGUUUUUCAAUUUAUAUUUUAUUCAGCAAAUCCUGUCAGGGUUAGCCCUUGAAUUCAGCAUUUAUAUGAAUAAUGUA